AUGCCGGAAGGCAGCAACAGGUGGAGGAGGACAAUUUUCUGUCAUAGUGGCGGAGGCGGAAAGUCGACUGGCAAGGCCGCCGAUGGGACCAAGAGGCCCAGUGGGGACUCUACUGGCACACAGUUUGGAGAAAGUCUCAAUGACGGGGAUCUGACCAAACUGGCCAAGGCGCCGAUCUGCGCCAGUCCUGAGGCCGAUGAUCAGGAUUCGGGCAAUGAGCAACCGCAGACGGCUCCUGUCACUUUUGCUCUCUACUCCACCAUGCCAUCUGACGAGGGUAGUGCGCCUCCGGUCACAAUGCGUAAUCACUCCUUGGAUAUGGACGCCGAGGACUGUGUAAACACUGACAUUACCAACCCGCACCGGACCUAUCCCAACAUGUUGUGCGUCAAAUCACGUCGUGCCUCCGCCCGCCUAAUGGCUAGCUAUAAUCCCAUUUCUGUUCGCAGGGGCUCCCUCAUUGUGCGUUCUGCACGACCCCUACCAGCCUCAGGACAGUUUUCUACGAUGGACCCUGAUGCUGCAACCGGCACCAAUCCAAAUGGUCCGACCACGCCAGAUGCCACUCAUCCCUCUGUGGAGCGCUUUCUCAACGACUCAGCCAUUGUCACACCCUAUGCCCAAAUACUUGCUGGAUUGCGAUCAGUACAAUCGAACAUAUACUGGCUGACAACUCAUAAUAAGUAA